UCACCACGUUACUAGCAGUAUGGCAGCUCCCGUAAACAGUGUGGGAAAACCCUCGGCUGAACGCUCAUCGUUCAGUGCUACGAGCUUUCAGAAGAAAACAAGGAGCAAGUUAAUCUCCAUACCUGGCACCAGACCCUCGGUUCAAAACGGACAGCUCUUAGUUUCCACCGGUGUCACCUCACUGGACUUUCUGCUCGGUGGUGGGUUAGCAGUUGGAACAGUACUUCUCAUAGAGGAGGACCGAUAUGAUAGCUACUCUCGUAUGAUCUUAAAGUAUUUCCUGGCAGAAGGAGUGGUGUGUCGACAUGAACUUUUUGUGGCAGCAGCUCAAGAUAACCCUGAUGACAUCUUACAGGAACUCCCGGCUCCCAUCUUGGAUGAUGUUGCCAUCCACAAACCAGCAGAGCAGCCCAGGCUGUCUUGUGAACCUCAGGACAGUUUGGAUGCGAUGAAAAUUGCUUGGCGUUAUCAGAAUCUUCCAAAAGUACAGAGUGCCCUGGCAUCCUCAUCCCGGUUCGGGCACUACUAUGACGUCUCCAAGACGAUGGAGCCAGAAAUUCGCCAAGCAGCCAAGUGGCACCGCUUUUACCUUCCUGAACAUCCCACCCAGUCAUCACCCGCACACAGUCCAAUGCUCGAAUCCUACUCUGCGUUGUUGAAGUCACUUCAAGAGGUUAUACACAGGGAGGGCUUUGAUGUAGCAGCCUCCAUGUCAAAGUCACGUAACAUCCUGCGCAUUGGGCUUCACUCUCUUGGCUCCACUCUUUGGGGUGAUGACCUGAGUUGCCAUGACAACCCUAGACACCGCCACGCCCUUGCUACCUUUCUCUACGGACUGCGUGCUUUGCUGAGGUCAUCCCUGUCAGUUGCGGUAGUUACUGUACCUUCACAUCUCAUCCAGGACAGAGCUCUAAUGGGCAGCAUAACCAGGCUAUGUGACAAUGCCAUAGCGCUGGAAUCAUUCAAAGGCUCUGAGAGAGAGACCAACCCACUCUACAAAGAUUACCAUGGCCUGCUACAUGUACGCCAGGUACCUCACCUGAACUGUCUGGCGAGUCAACUCCCUGACCACAAGGACCUGGCCUUUAAGCUCAAGAGAAAACAGUUCAGUAUUGAGAGACUGCAUUUGCCUCCAGACUUGUCUGAGACGGUGAGUCGUGUGAGCAGGGGCGAGCUGGCGGUAGGGGCCGCAGUGGCUUCAGCCUGUGGCUCCGGCACUUCCGGCAACAAACACCUGGACUUCUAGAAGCUCCCACACAGACGCCACGGGGCGACCAACACCUGGAACACCGCAGCGGUUGUCCUCUUUACCACGGUGACCAGGUUGUUCCCUCGCCCACAAUAAUGUCAACCACGAUAACCCUGCCAGCCAUUACCACCUGCCAACUGUCCCAGCCAGGGGUGAAGAUCUAAACAUCCACAGUACCUCUUCUCAUAACGGACACAUCUCAACCUCUUUUUAAACCUACAGUACACGCUAUAUGUUUUUUUUCUUACUCUGACAAUUGAUAUUUGCACAUUUCCAUUUAUUAUGAGAAGCUCAUUUUAACUUAGACAUAAAAAAUUGAGCCCUAUGAUAUAUAUCGAUUUUGAAAUGUUAUAUGCAGGUAUAUGAUUGGCAGGGUGUCUUAUCUUGUACCCAAUUAACAUCCAAGUUGGAGGGAUUAUUUAAGAUUUGGUACAUGUUUUUUUUCCCCCUGCCUCUGGGGAGUUUGUUUAUAUGUGAAGUGUAAUCAUGAAAUAUUUUUAGGUCAUUACAGACUCUCAGUCUUGGCAGACUUUAAAUAAUUCAAGUGCGUUCUCCCAAGCUCAGCGCUUACUUUACGAAACAAGUGCCCACUCCUGCUGUAGCUCCACCAUGUACAAUAGUCUGAAAGUACAAUGUGUUUUUUUUCUAGGAUAACGCAGUGAAAUGUGAUUUUGUUGAGUUAAAUAAAAGAAAAUAAACACA